CCUCAGGUGUCCAAGGAAUGGCAGGGCAUGGCUUGCCGAUAUGGACUACAUCUCCCAUCAGGCAAUGCGCACUAUAACUGGCCCCCCUCCGGUGGCGCCCGAGCAUUGUGGGAUUGGAUGAGUCUCAAGAUGGACAACCGGGAUGUUGCAGGAAAGGCUAACCGGUGGUUUGGGGUUGCCCCUGCCAAGUCUGGGAAAAUGAACAUGAACAUCCUUCACCAGGAGGAGCUCAUUGCUCAGAAGAAACGGGAAAUUGAAGCCAAAAUGGAGCAGAAAGCCAAGCAGAAUCAGGUGGCCAGCCCUCAACCCCCGAAUCCUGGCGAAAUUGCAAACGCACACAACUCUAAUGUCUCCAACAAGUUUGCCAACGACGGCAGCUUCUUGCAGCAGUUUCUGAAGUUGCAAAAGGCACAGACCAGCACUGAUCCGCCCCCCAGCGCGCCCAUUGCCCCACCUCGUGUGCUCCCCCGCCCUGGGAAGAGGCCACCCCUCAUCAGCAGCCUGCCAGGCCAGGUGAAGAACUACGUGCAUGCCAAGCAGCUGCCUGUGGCCAGCCGCCCAAGCGUCUUCCAGUCUCCUGAUGAGGAUGAGGAGGAAGACUAUGAGCAGUGGCUGGAGAUAAAAGUUUCACCCCCAGAGGGAGCCGAGACUCGGAAAGUGAUAGAGAAAUUGGCCCGCUUUGUGGCAGAAGGAGGCCCCGAGUUAGAAAAAGUAGCUAUGGAGAACUACAAGGAUAACCCGGCAUUUUCGUUUUUGCAUGAUAAGAAUAGCAGGGAAUUCCUCUACUACAGAAAGAAGGUGGCUGAGAUAAGAAAGGAAGCACAGAAGUUGCAGACAGCCUCUCAGAAAGUUUCACCCCCAGAGGACGAAGAGGUCAAGAACCUCGCAGAAAAGUUGGCCAGGUUCAUAGCGGAUGGGGGUCCUGAGGUAGAAACCAUUGCCCUCCAGAACAACCGCGAGAACCAGGCAUUCAGCUUUCUGUAUGAACCUAACAGCCAAGGGUACAAGUACUACCGCCAGAAGCUAGAGGAGUUCCGGAAAGCCAAGGCUGGUCCCACAGGCCCCCCCAUGGCACCCGACCUUGGACUGAAGCAUACAUCUCCUCCUGAGACCCCCUUGGGGUCCCUGCCCACUGCCACUGCCUGCCCCAUCUCAUCUGCCCCCUUGCCCACCAUCAACCCAUCUUCAGCUGCCCCGGGGAAGCUGGCCAGCACAGCCACUAUGAAGAGGAAGCGAAAGAGCCGAUGGGGGCCUGAAGAGGACAAGGUAGAGCUCCCGCCUGCUGAGCUGGUGCAGAGGGAUGUGGACGCCUCUCCCUCACCUCUGUCAGUUCAGGACCUCAAGGGUCUCGGCUAUGAGAAGGGGAAGCCCGUGGGUCUGGUAGGUGUCACGGAGCUGUCGGAUGCCCAGAAGAAGCAGCUGAAGGAGCAGCAGGAGAUGCAGCAAAUGUACGACAUGAUCAUGCAGCACAAGCGUGCAAUGCAGGACAUGCAGCUGCUGUGGGAGAAGGCGCUGCAGCAGCACCAGCAUGGCUAUGACAGCGACGAGGAGGUGGACAGCGAGCUGGGCACCUGGGAGCACCAGCUGCGGCGCAUGGAGAUGGACAAGACUCGGGAAUGGGCAGAGCAGCUGACGAAGAUGGGCCGGGGCAAGCACUUCAUUGGAGACUUCCUGCCACCAGACGAGCUGGAGAAGUUCAUGGAGACCUUCAAGGCCCUGAAGGAGGGCCGGGAGCCUGACUAUUCAGAGUACAAAGAGUUCAAGCUGACAAUAGAGAACAUCGGCUACCAGAUGCUAAUGAAGAUGGGCUGGAAGGAGGGCGAUGGCCUGGGUUCAGAAGGCCAGGGCAUCAAGAAUCCAGUCAACAAGGGCACCACUACAGUAGAUGGUGCUGGCUUUGGCAUUGACCGGCCAGCUGAGCUCUCCAAGGAAGAUGAUGAGUACGAGGCCUUUCGCAAGAGGAUGAUGCUGGCCUACCGCUUCCGGCCCAACCCCCUGAACAACCCCAGACGGCCUUACUACUGAGUGUUCUGGAGAAAUGCACAAAUGUACUUUCCUAAAGACUGUCCCUGGACUGUGGAAUGUUCCAGCCUGUGUUCCUGCCUGCCUUUCUCAUUGUCUCAAGUGUUGUGCUGUGUAUUAAAAUCCCAGUGCUUGCCUGCCAUGGCAGCCUGGUCUUGCCAUCAA